CGCACGUGGCCGCUUGCGUCACCUGCGGGACUGUUCCUCAUCUCUCUCGCUAGCAGGUACCGUCAUUUUUCAGCCACCUCUCUGUUGCAGUCAUGAGUAUGCCCACUGAACCCCCCAGCUACACUGAAGCCACAGCUGGAGACAAGCCUCAAGGCCCUAGAGGUCUGGCGGGCGCCACUCAGGCUCCUCCCUUUGUGCCCUUCCACCCAAGCUGGGCGUACGUGCACCCCAGCCCCAGCUCGGGCUACUCCAACCCCUACGCCUCUGAUGUGUCUUCACCAUACUCGGACCCCAGCGACAGCUGGGACGGUCUCAGCGGGAGCGGCUGGGAGGACAAGAGCAUCCGGCGCAUGUUUAUCCGUAAGGUGUUUGCCAUCCUGAUGCUCCAGCUGAUGGUGACCUUCGGCGUCGUGGCUCUCUUCACAUUCUGCGAGCAGGUCAGGAUGUUUGUGCAAUUCCACCGUGUGCUGUAUCUGGCCUCUUACAUCACCUUCAUGGGGACGUACCUGGUGCUGGCAUGCAGCACAAGUGCUAGACGACGUCAUCCCACCAACCUCAUACUUCUGGGCAUCUUUACCUUGGCGAUGUCCUACAUGGCGGGAAUGCUGGCCAGCUACCACAACACCCGGGUGGUGCUGCUCUGCGUUGGGAUCUGUGCCUUGGUCUGCUUGGGGGUCACGCUCUUCUGCUUCCAGACAAAGUUUGACUUCACUCUCUGCCACGGCUUGAUCUUCUCCCUCAUGAUGGUGCUGAUGAUGACCGGGCUGCUGCUGGUCUUCACCGUGCCUUUCGGCUACAUUCCCUGGUUGCAAACAGCUUACGCAGGACUGGGGGCGCUGGUCUUCACUCUGUUCCUGGCCUUCGACGUGCAGCUCCUGAUGGGGAACCGGCGGUACUCCCUGAGCCCAGAGGAGCAUGUGUUCGGCGCGCUCUGCCUCUACAUGGACAUCGUCUACAUCUUCUUCUUCCUGUUGCAGCUGUUUGGGAGCCACACCUGUGGGGGGCGCUAGUGGGAGCCAGGCAGAAUUCCUCCUGUGUGACCUUGUUUUGGAAAGAGGUUAAAAACAAGAUACAGGUGAGCUUGAGAGCAAUAACAGCUCAGAGUGCUGACCAGUGGGACAGAUCUCUGUGUAGGGGUGCGUUAACCCCUCGCUCCUUGGUGAAUUGAACAGACUGGGCUCCCUCUACCCCGUCCUGGUUCACAGGCUCGUGUUCAGGGCCUGUGAUCUGUUGCUGGAGGAGCCCAUCUCAUCCGGAAGUGGCACUGAUCGUUCAGACUUACUGGUGCUAUUCUAAACCGUGGUGAGGAAUCCUCUUACUUCUGAAGUCAGUCAUUCUCCUGAGUCUAUAUUUCACAUUGUUAAUAACAGGUUCUGCGCAUAUUUUAUGGUUCUGAGCAUCAACUGUUGCAUCAUAAGUUUAGUUCUCUCUGGUUAUCAGUUAACUUUACUGUCACACUUACCUGCAGCAGCCUCAAAUAUCUUCAGUAGUUUUCUAAUUAUCCUCAUCCAUGUAUAUAAGUGCCAUUGUUUUGUCUUUCAAACACAUAAAUCAUAUUCGGAACCAUGCUGAACUCUGGUUCCUUUUUAAAUUUCGUAUUCCUAUCUGAGAGCGCCUGGCUCUCGUUGUAAUAUCCUACACACAAUCAUUAUAUAUUUGAUAGUGAAUGGUGUGAUGCUAUGAUCACACAACUGUGUUGCUGGUGUUUUAAAAAAAAUGCCCCAUUAUUUCUAUGCUUUUGUGUUUAAUAGUGUAGGUAAAAUCCUGUUAUAAACUGCCAUGUUUGAUUGAAAUUCUUUCGAGAUACGUUCCAGAAGAUGAAAUCAGUUAAGUGCUAUAAAGUGAAUGUGCUUCCAUGCACAUUUAAGAGGUGUUAAACUGUAAAUGUUAUUUUAAAGUCAGUAUUAACGCUGUGCCUGUGUGUGUUUGUGCUUGUGUGUGUGUUUGUGCCUGUGUGUGUGUUUGUGCCUGUGUGUGUGUGGGUUACAUGCUGACUGGACAGGAGGGACCAUAGAUAGACCUUGAUGUAGAUGUUUAAUAUGCCAGAUGCACAAAAGGCACAUUUUGUUCAUUUCCUUCCUGGAAGACAAAUGUAAAUGUUUUACAUUAUAUAUGUCCCUGGUUUAGUAUUUAAUGGAGCCCCCCCCCCCCAAUUUUUUUUUUAAAAAUGCUUGAUUGAUAUGGUAACAGAAAUUGGAUGCAUUUAAGGAUAAACGGGGCGAAUUUGAUUCAAGCUGGAGCUGUGAGCACAAUGUGAUGGUCGUACCUGGAUUUGCUAUUACUCUCCUCAACUAUCAUCGGCCCUCUGUUCAGCUGCCCGCCCAUGAUCGACACUUUCUGUAGCCCUGCGGUGUGUGUGUGACCGUUUCUCCUAAUGUCACCGCACCUGUUUUUCAUGUAUGGUGUGACGUGUCAGUGGGCAGUGCGUGGCCAGGAGUGAAAGCAGAGCUCUUCAUAACAGCACAGCCACUGACAGUAUUACUGCCAAAAGAAAUCUAUAUUUUGUAUCUUCAUAUGUUCAAAAAAUAAAAUCUUUUAUUGUGAA